UAAACACCAAACCCGAAACCGAUUUUCACAAAAAUGGGCAUUACCGGCUUUCUCACCGCUCUUCUCUUACUUAUAAUGCUUAUGUUCGUUCAAACUUUUUCGUCCGAAACCACAAUCUUCAAACCCUACAAAGAAGAAAACGUUCGGUCCUUGGUCGCCAAAGCGUGCCAAUUUAUCGAUGCCCACGAGUUGUGCGUUUCCAACAUCCGAACGCACAUCGAGAAAUCGGGUCACGGGUUAAACCCGCACUCGGUUUUAAGUGCUGCCGUAAAGGAGGCGCACGACAAAGCCAAGUUGGCAAUGGAAGGAAUCCCAACGGUCACGACGCUAUCUUUCCGUUCCCGUGAACAAAUUGCAAUAGAGGAUUGCAAAGAGCUUGUCGGCUUCUCGGUGACGGAGCUGGCGUGGUCCAUGCUGGAGAUGAACAAACUCCAUGGAGGAGGAGGAAUUGACGGUGGCUCUCACGACGCUGCUGCUGCAGGAGGCAACCUUAAGACGUGGCUAAGCGCGGCAAUGAGUAACCAAGACACGUGUCUAGAAGGGUUUGAAGGAACAGAGAGAAAGUACGAGGAAUUGAUCAAAGGUAGCUUAAGACAAGUCACUCAGCUCGUUAGCAAUGUCCUAGACAUGUACACGCAGCUCAAUGCCUUGCCUUUCAAGGCAUCUAGGAACGAGAGCUUCCCCGCUAGCCCUGAAUGGCUCCCAGAGACCGAUGAGAGCCUCAUGCGGCUCGAUCCGAGCGCCAUGCACCCUGACGCAGUCGUGGCGCUGGAUGGAAAAGGGAAGUACCGGACGAUUAAUGAGGCCAUCAACGAGGCUCCUAAUCAUAGCACAAAGAGAUAUGUUAUAUACGUGAAGAAAGGUUUGUAUAAAGAGAAUAUUGAUUUGAAGAAGAAGAAGACAAACAUGAUGCUUAUGGGUGACGGUAUUGGACAGACCAUCAUUACCGGUGAUCGGAAUUUCUUGCAGGGUCUUACCACUUUCCGAACUGCAACCGUUGCUGUUUCCGGAAGAGGAUUCAUAGCAAGGGACAUAACUUUCAGAAACACGGCCGGGCCGCAUAACCGUCAAGCUGUCGCAUUGAGGGUGGAUUCCGACCAAUCCGCCUUCUUCCGAUGUAGCAUUGAAGGUUACCAAGACACCCUUUACGCCCAUUCCCUUCGCCAGUUCUAUAGAGAAUGUGAAAUUUAUGGUACGAUCGAUUUCAUAUUUGGAAACGGAGCCGCCGUUUUACAGAACUGUAAAAUCUACACCCGGGUUCCGUUACCGCUUCAGAAGGUAACGAUAACUGCGCAAGGGAGAAAAAGCCCUAACCAGAACACAGGGUUUGUGAUAAUGAACAGUUACGUCUUGGCCACGCAGCCUACUUAUCUUGGCCGGCCAUGGAAACUUUACUCAAGAACGGUUUACAUGAACACUUACAUGAGCCAGCUGGUCCAGCCUAGAGGUUGGCUUGAGUGGUUUGGUAACUUUGCUUUGAACACAUUGUGGUAUGGCGAAUACAAUAAUAUUGGGCCGGGUUGGCGGUCAUCGGGUCGGGUCAAAUGGCCUGGUUAUCAUAUCAUGGACAAACGGACUGCACUAUCCUUCACCGUUGGAUCGUUCAUUGACGGUCGGAGAUGGCUUCCGGCAACAGGUGUCACGUUCUCCGCUGUUUGUAACAUCAACACUUUCCAAGUAGUUAUAAAUCAUAGCAAAGCCAUGGCUCAAAACAACAUUAUCCUCACGGCCCUCUCUUUGCUUAUGUUCUCUACUCUUUCUCAUUGUCAAGCCCUAACUUCCUCAGAAGCUCUUUGUGAUUCCACACCUCACCCGCACGUCUGUAAAUCCGUUCUACCCAUCGGAUCACCCGGUUCAGUAUCCGGAUUUGCCAGCAUUGUCAUCCUAAAGUCUCUAGAAGCUUCUAAAGACCUUCUCGCCUCCUUCCACCAGCACCAUCCCACCUCAGGACCUCUUAAAGAUUGCCAAUUACUCGCCGGCCUGCCCGUUGACCAGCUCACACGUGCGAACGCCAUCAAGGAAAAUGUUCUCGGAAAAUCCGAGGUCACCGAUCUCCUCACGUUUCUUAGCGCCGCUCUCACGAACUACGAGACAUGCCUAGACUCGGUUCGUGAGCUCACCGGAAAAUCUCCGGAGUAUGCGGUCGUUGGCGACAUCCUCACACGUGUCUCGGAUGGUAUAAAUCUGAUUAGCGUUUCUCUUGCCUUGUCCAAGGAGGCUUGGCCGGUAACAGCAGAUCCUUCAGCGACAAAGCCACCGUCGAGGAUUCUGACAGAGGGGAAAAAUUUGUCGCCACCGGAAGAUUUGUAUGUGAAGGUGAUGGAACGUGAGAGAAUGAUCCACGAGAGAGUUACGGUUCUUGGACGAAAGCUUAUUCAGUCUUCUCCCGGAGGCAAUGGUGGCUUGAAGGUGGCCAAGACGGUGAUCGUUAACCCUAACGGCGUCAAUGGUGAUGCCUUUAAAACAAUAAAUGACGCGGUAGCUGCUGCGCCCACGAAGGCAGAAUCCGGAAAUGGAUACUUCGUGAUUUAUGUCGUGGCUGGAGUUUACGAAGAGUACGUCACCGUCCCCAGCAACAAAUCGUACGUGAUGAUCAUUGGUGACGGCAUUGACAAAACAAUCAUCACCGGAAAUAGAAACGUCGUUGAUGCUGUUAUCGGAGAAGGCUUCAUGGCGGCGAACAUAACCGUGAGAAACACAGCCGGGCCUAACAAACACCAAGCUGUGGCUGUCCGCAACAGUGCAGACAUGUCAGCGUUUUACAAAUGUAGCUUCGAGGGUUAUCAAGACACACUCUACGUCCACUCACUAAGACAGUUUUACAGAGAGUGCGAUAUAUAUGGAACAGUAGAUUUCAUAUUUGGAAACGCAGCCACGGUUCUUCAGAAUUGCAACAUCAUUCCUAGGCUACCGCUUGAAGGACAAUUCAAUGCCAUAACGGCUCAAGGCAGGAGCGAUCCAAACCAGAAUACCGGGAUUUCGAUACAAAAUUGUCGAAUUACACCUAGUGCUGAAUUGGUUUCGAGUAAUUUCUCGGUUAAGACGUAUUUAGGCCGGCCGUGGAAGGAGUACUCAAGGACGGUUUAUUUGCAAAAUUUCAUGGAUGGGUUUAUUGAUGGCAAGGGAUGGAAUGAAUGGAUGGGUGAUUUCGCUUUGAGGACAUUGUACUAUGCGGAGUUCAAGAACACCGGACCUGGUUCAGAAAUAGUUAACCGGGUUAAUUGGCCCGGUUAUCAUGUGAUCAAUGGAACCGAGGCUGUUUGGUUCACCGUCUCCAACUUUAUUUUCGGAGAUAGCUGGUUGCCGAACAUGGGAGUUCCUUACGCUGGUGGCUUUAUAUGAUUUCUGGCCAUUUAAACAAUAAAGAGAAAAAUAAAGAAUUUAAGUUAAAUAUUUUGAUUCGUAACAUUGUGAUCAAGUGUUUCUUAAUUUUUAUUUAGUUGUAAUCUACUCCUCCAAGCGUCUUAAGGAUAUGAUACAAACCUCACAGAGACAUAGUCUAAAGGCUUAAA